CAGCUGUGUCAGAGAUGUACCUCAUUACUGUCAAGGACUGUGGGUAUCAUCACCCUCCAUUAUUCCACUGAUGCCCUGCAGCCUUCCGGAAUUAUUUCAGUGUUCCAGUCUUGCUUUCCAUUUUCUCUAGAGAAGUCAGAACCCAUCUCAGACACAAUAGAGGUGGAAACUAGGAGUGCGGAGUUACUGUGAAUCUCAUGCCAAGGUCCAACCAUUUCAAACGAAACACGGAUACUUAUGGGACUGAUAUGGUGCCAUAUCAGAAUCCUCUCUCCCAUCAACUCAGAAAUGUAGGGAUGUCGCUGAAGGAGUGGCAGACUGCUUUAGCAGCUACUGGCAGACUCCUGGUCGGCUUCCGUAAAUGGUACUACAAUGCGGCCGGAUUCAACAAAAUUGGUCUGUUGCGUGAUGACACGAUCCAUGAGGAUGGCGAUGUGAAAGAAGCCCUGCGGAGGCUCCCAGAGAAAGUGUACAAUGACAGGAUGUUCAGGCUCAAGAGAGCCCUGGACCUGUCCAUGAAGCAGGCAGUUCUGCCUAAGGAACAGUGGACUCAAUAUGAGGAGGAUGUACAUUACCUGGAGCCUUACCUGGAAGAGGUCAUCCGUGAGAGGAAAGAGGUUGAGGAGUGGUCGAAGAAAUGAGAUGAAUCUGGAGGGCUGCUGUUCCUUCUCUUUGGUCUGUUGUAAUGUUUAAAAUAAAGUUUACCCUAUGGGAAGACUGCUUAUUAAAAAUGUACAUUUUUGCAAAACA